GCUGACGCAUAAAAAACGGCUGAGAAAGAAAGAAAGACAGACAGCAAGAUUGCCACACUGACGGUCAGACAGACGCAGUUCCUGGAGGAUUACGACCUCUCAAGUUGACAUUUAGCCGAGCGGAAAUCAACGCGGAACGUUCCCACGGCCUCAUCAACCGGAUCAACCCAGCCAAUCGUCAGUGGGGCGGGUCAAUCCAUCGCCAACCACGUCAGCAUGGAUCCGGAUCAGGAUGAGAUUCGGCGGAAGCGUUUGGCUCGUUUGGGCGGUGCUGGAUCGGCCGGGGCGAAUCGUGCCCAAGGAGGCGACAAAGACCAAGAAACGCCCAAGAAAACAGACCAGGAGGGCUCGAACAAUGGUUCAUCAGCUUCUGGCGGCGAUCAGAUCACGGAGGAAGCCGUUCAGUCCAUGGAUACUUCCCCCGUCAAAUCGGAGAGUGGCGUGAAGCGUCAUAAUUUGGUAGAGGCUCAUAUUUCGAAGAGUGAGGCCUCAUUCGGUUUGGCUAAUGCUCCGGCCGUAGAUAUCAAGGCUGACACGGUUCAGAAUCAGAGUAUGGAGACGGGGGCAAGCCAAGAUGGCGGAGCGGUGAUAUCCAGCCAGAUCUCCAAUGACUUUGACUCGGGUGUUGAGACCAUGAUGGAAGUGGAUGAAGCGACCUCUCAAGGAUCCGGAUGCGGAUCGGAGAAAAAGGAAUUUGUGGAGAAGCGACAACGCACUUCAAGCAGUGCCUCGUACGAGGUGACACCCAAACAAUUGCGGAACAGUCUGGAGAAUAUCUUUCGAGUGAAGCUUUGUUCCUCGUCCAGUCCAUCCUCCAAUUUGGACCUCUCCGAUACGACUCAGAUUCAUAAAGACCUGGCCGAUGAGCAAGUCUGCUACAAUGAUGUGAUAGCGGACAUUCUGACUGAAGUUAUCUUUAUCAUGACCGAAGGAACUUAUCCCCCCGGGGUGGCUAAGAAAUCGGCAGCCAGUCUACAAGACUCAAUAGUAGCAUACCUCUUCAAUUGUUAUGAGAGAAUCGCCGAAGAAGAGAGAACGUAUAAGAAGAGAGCCUCAAUACCCGUUGUCAGUGACUUGAUGACCAGUGCUCUGACCCAAGUGUUGCAAUUUACCUCAUUAGUCCUUCAAAACGUGUUUGACACGGAGAACAAUGUCUGUGGAAUCGCUCAUUCCGCCCUCGCCAAACCUCUCUUGGAACAAACCAUGCCCAUGGGAUUCUUGGUCGAUCUGGUCAGUCACACCUCAGGAGAAUGGGACACUUUCAAAACGAUCUUUUCCCCCUUGAUGGAGUCAAUCAUCGCCGAGGCCAGGAAAUCGAGCUUGGUGGACUCCAGUUACAAGACACCCAUCAUUGCCAUGACCGAGCUCUGUGAAUUGAAGACCACCGGUGCUGGCUCAGGGGGACAACGACCGUUCUGCCAACUUCUCACCGAAUUGCCCCUAUGGAUGCCAGGAACCCUGAGUGAAGCCGUGGGCCGUGAAAUCACCACCACCACGGUCCUGGGCCCGUUUUUAAUGAUUUCGGUGUUUGCGGAGGAGGAUCCGGGCGUGGCUGAGAAGCAUUUCUCGGGCAAACAAGCGGCUUCCUUGGUUCGAUCCAUUGCUCAACAACUCCAAAGUGAAAUGGAAUUCAUGCGGACUUCGCUUCAUCGGAUCUUUCAUGCCAUUCUUGUCAACUCAAGCACGCGUGAACCUGUCCUUCAAUUUCUACGAGAGAUCCUGAAAAGAAAUCAGAAGCGAGAGCAAAUGCAGGUGAAUGAGCGUCAAGUGGCUGGAGAUGGAUUCAUGCUGAACUUUCUAUCGGUUCUGCAACAUUUGGCCUCCAAGGUCAAGAUGGACAAAGUAGACAUUUACUACCUGCAACGCGAAGACAACCUGAUCAAAUUGCCAGACGAUACUACCAGAUUGAAAAUGACUGAAGCAGAACUUCAAGAGUGGCUAAAGAAAGAAGAUAUUGUGGUGAAGAAACGCGGCAAAGGACUGAAUUUCCAUACGGACUGUUGGUAUUUGACCUUGUAUGCCCACCACUUAUCCAUCUUACCCUGCAUUCGGAGGUAUCAGAGAAGAAUUCGACACCUAAGAGAGCUGCAAAAAGCCGUGGACGAAUUGGAAAAGACCGAAACCCAGUGGAAGAACUCGCCAACGGCCAUGCGAAAUCGACAAAUCCUAAAGAAAUACCAAUCUCAAGUGAAGAAACUGAGCAAAUCCAAGGCAUGUGCGGACACCGGGCUCUUGGAUCAGAAUCUGAUCACCCGCUGCCUUCAGUUCUACUCUUCCGUGUGUGAAUUCCUGCUGUAUAACAUGCUUGGAAAGGUGAACAAGGAGAGUGGGUGCAUUCAAAAGAGUGUGCAUGAGGACAUCUCGUCGCAGCUGCCCUUGAAUGCGAACGAUAUUCCCAACAGCUUUGCCGCCCUGCCAGAAUGGGCCAUUGAUGACCUGGCCGAUUUUCUUCUCUUUGCCAUGCAAUAUCUGCCACAACUUGUGUCAGAGAACGUGGACCAAAAUAUUCUGACGUUUCUCUUGGUCUUGGUAUGCUCCCCAUCGUUUUUCAACAAUCCUUACUUGGUGUCCAAGAUUGUGGAGGUGUUCUUUGUGAUCAAUCCUUUCGUGCAGGAUCGGACCCAAGAAUUGUUCAUGCGCUUCAUGUCCCAUCCCGUAUCGGAGGAACAUCUACCUUCAGCUCUAAUGACAUUCUACACAGAGGUUGAACAAACUGGUGCUUCAUCGGAAUUCUACGAUAAAUUCACCAUUCGUUACCACAUCUCGAUCAUCAUCAAGUCCAUGUGGGAUAAGAGUCAGGUGCACAAACUCGCCAUCAUCAAUGAAUCCAAAUCCGGAAAACACUUUGUCAAGUUUAUCAACAUGCUCAUGAAUGACACCACAUUCCUAUUGGAUGAGGCAAUGGACGCCUUGAAACGUAUUCACGAAGUCCAAGAGGAGAUGGCCAAUCGAGCAAAAUGGAUCAAGCAAACCAACGAGCAACGAAGCAAUCGGCUUCGGAAUCUGGCCCAAGACGAGCGACAAUGUAAAUCGUAUCUGACCUUGGCUCGAGAAACGGUGGACAUGUUCCAUUAUCUGUCACAAGACAUCAAGGAACCAUUCCUAAGGCCUGAGUUAUCAGAUCGUCUGGCAGCCAUGCUCAAUUUCAAUUUGAAGCAACUCUGUGGAACAAAGUGUAAAAAUCUCAAGGUAAAGACUCCCGAGAAAUACAACUGGGAACCCAAAUGGCUUUUGAGCCAUUUAAUUGAUCUAUAUCUGCAUUUGGAUUCGGAACUUCUGGCCGCUGCUCUGGCCAAUGAUCAACGCUCAUUUUCCAUGGAAGUUUUCGAGGAUGCUGCCAAUCGGAUGAGAAAGUCGCUUAACCGUUCCAAUUCUGACUUGGAACAGUUUCGGGCCUUGGCCAGGAAAGCCCACGAGGUGGUCUUAGCAAAUAUGAAGCGGGAUGAGGACUAUGACGAUGCCCCGGAUGAAUUUAUUGACCCGAUGAUGUGUGAGCUAAUGGAAGACCCCGUGUUACUUCCGACGUCAGGGAAAAUCAUGGACCGGAAGCACAUCAACAGACAUUUGCUCUCCACUCCUAACGAUCCGUUUAACCGGCAACCCUUAACGGAGGAAAUGUUAAAGCCAGACAUCGAAUUGAAGGAGAAGAUAGAGAAGUGGAAACGCGAAAAGACCAGGGAUCGCGAUGAUGUCAGCAGCUCUUAAGCCUUUUAAGGGGCCCAUCUCACGAAACCAACCAUCUAUUCAAGACCCGAGUGUGAGGGCAACCCAGAACCAAUUGGAUAAAAUUUGCAUUUUUGUAUUAUUAGAUUCAUGCUCAGAAUGAGUGGUUGCGACGGUCAACUGAACCAUCUGGACUGAAUUCCAUUCCGUGUAAUUAUUUUGCUGAGAGCCUAUUUACGGCCUUUUCCGUCGUCAUUUGGGAAUAAAGAACCAUCCAUCCACUAA